UUGAAAAUUUGUUGAUGAGUGGCACAAUGACCAACAAGAUAUGAGAGAUGCCAUCGUCACUGUAUGAACAGUGAUGUUGGAUUUUUCUCUCUCUCUAUAUAUAUAUAUAGUAGAUCUACUUUGAAAUUUACAACAAAAGCUCCAUUCUUGAAUUUCAUAAAAACUCUUUUAAAGGAGAAUAACAUGGCUUCUUUGGCAACAGCAGAAGUGUGUGAUGUGAAUGCAGGGCAUCUGUCAAAUGGCGAUCUACGAGUUUUGCCACCAAUCUUCAAGAUAUAUGGUCAAUCCCGAGCUUUCUCCGGUCCCAUUACCACCCUUAAGGUGUUUGAGGAUAAUGUGUUGGUUAGGGAGCUUCUUGAAACUAGAGGUGAAGGUAGAGUCCUUGUCAUAGAUGGUGGAGGGAGCAUGAGAUGUGCUCUGGUAGGAGGGAACUUGGGACAACUAGCCCAGAAUAUGGGUUGGGCAGGUAUUGUAGUUAAUGGCUGCAUUCGAGAUGUAGACGAGAUUAACGGCUGUGAUAUUGGUGUUCGUGCAUUGGCAUCGCACCCUCAGAAAUCAAACAAGAAAGGCCAUGGCGAAAAGCAUGUUCCUAUUUACAUCGGAUGCAUGCUGAUUCGCGAAGGAGAGUGGUUAUAUGCAGAUAGUGAUGGCAUCCUCGUAUCAAAAAACGAAUUAUCGGUCUAAUUUUGAGAAUCAUGAAGUUAUCUGCUCCAGCUCGUCUUUAGAUUUAUCAUCAAAGCCAUAUAGCAGGUAGAAUUCUUGUUUUUCGUCUUGUUCUAUUAUAUAGUUUCAUUCAAUGUAAUCUAAUAAGGGCGUACCAAUUACUAUUUUCAUAACUGGGUGACCUUUUGUACCAAAUAUAUGUUCGUGUUUCAUACUUGAA